UUAGUACUUAUCUGCAUGCUGUCUGACCAGACACUGAUUUUGAUCUGUCUUUUGUCUGGACUGUGGCCCUUCUAUAAUCUCACCAUGACAAGCUACACAGAUAAAGGUGAAAAGCCUGAGAGAGGGAAAUUUGUCAAGUUUCAUCAUGUCACCUUCUGGGUCGGCAAUGCCAAACAGGCAGCCUCCUUCUACUGUGAUAAGAUGGGCUUCGAACCUCUGGCCUAUAAGGGUCUGGAGACUGGCAGCCGAGAGGUGGUGUCUCAUGUCAUCAGACAGGAUAAGAUAAUAUUUGUGUUUCAGUCUCCACUAAAUCCUGGAAAUGAAGAGAUGGGAGAACACUUGAUUAAACAUGGAGACGGAGUCAAAGACAUCGCUUUCCAGGUGGAGGACUGUGACUUCUUAAUCAAGACAGCGAGAGAGCGAGGAGCGGUAAUCGUCAAAGAGCCCUGGGUGGAGCAGGACAGCCACGGGAGGGUCAAGUAUGCUGUGGUUCAAACGUAUGGGGAUACAACACACACACUCAUUGAAUACCUCGGACCCUACAAAGGCCUGUUCCUGCCCAGCUACAAAGAGCCUCUGUUUAGGGAUCCUCUGUUAGCCAAACUUCCACCAGCAGGCUUGAACUUCAUCGAUCACAUUGUGGGAAAUCAGCCAGAUGACCAGAUGGUGCCAAUUUCAGACUGGUAUCAGAAGUGUUUGAUGUUCCACCGGUUCUGGUCAAUAGACGACAAGCAGAUCCACACGCAGUACAGUGCCCUGAGGUCCAUAGUGGUGACAAACUAUGAAGAGACCAUCAAGAUGCCAAUCAAUGAACCUGCCAUAGGGAAGAAGAAGUCACAAAUCCAGGAAUAUGUGGACUAUAACGGGGGACCAGGUGUUCAGCACAUCGCCCUCAACACGUCAAACAUCAUCCAAGCUAUAGUGAACCUGCGAGCCCGAGGGAUGGAGUUCCUCGCUGCGCCUGACACGUACUACGACACCCUGCGGGCGAAACUCAAAACUGCCAAGAUCAAGGUGAAGGAGGACCUCAAUCGUUUACAGGAACUAAAGAUCUUAGUUGACUUUGACGACAAGGGCUAUCUCCUCCAAAUCUUUACCAAGCCUGUGCAGGACAGACCGACUCUUUUCUUGGAGGUCAUUCAGCGGAACAACCACUUUGGCUUUGGGGCAGGAAACUUUAAGUCUCUCUUUGAGGCCAUCGAGAAGGACCAAGACGCCCGGGGCAACCUCACUGUGCUGACACCCGAGGGGCAGGCCAAAACCUUCUACUGAUCCUCACAGCACCACCACACUUAGACUGUUAUAUAUGGCUGUACAUUUCAGAGGCAAUCAACAACACCCACCACACAGUAUAUCAAACAUGUGACAGGGUGCACUGCUAUCAGAUAUGCUUUGAGCUGUCAGUAGAUUGCAUGCUGUAUGGCUAAAUAAAGUAACUCAUGCUCA